AUGGCUGAAGCAGUCAAGGUGAUUGUUCGUUGUCGGCCUCUCAACCAACGUGAAAAGGACUUGAAUUGUGAGGUUGUGGUUCAGAUGGAUUCCUCUACAGGGCAGUGUGCUUUAAGCAAACCUGGAGAUAAGACACAGCCACCAAAAACUUUUACGUUUGAUGGUGCAUACUAUAUCGACUCUACUACUGAGACCAUAUACAAUGACAUCUGUUUCCCACUGGUCGACGGAGUGUUAGAGGGAUACAAUGGUACUGUGUUUGCCUAUGGUCAGACAGGAUGUGGAAAGUCAUUCAGUAUGCAAGGUAUAACUGACCCUCCCACUCAAAGAGGUGUUAUCCCACGCGCAUUUGAACAUAUUUUUGACAGCAUUCAAGUUGCAGAGAAUACCAAGUUCUUAGUUCAUGCCUCUUAUUUGGAGAUUUACAAUGAAGAAAUCAGGGACCUUCUUGGAAAGGACCAUAAAACAAAGCUGGAACUUAAGGAACAUCCUGAUAGAGGGGUCUAUGUCAAGGAUCUUACCAUGAACCCUGUGAAUAGUGUGCCUGAAAUGGAGAAGGUUAUGGACCUUGGAAGUAAGAACCGUUCAGUAGGUGCUACUCUAAUGAAUGCCGACUCAUCAAGAUCCCAUUCAAUUUUUACCAUAAACAUAGAGAUUAUGGAGACAGCUGAUGAGAAGGGAGACCACAUUAGAGCUGGUAAACUCAACCUUGUUGACUUGGCUGGGAGUGAGAGACAAUCUAAAACUGGCGCUACAGGAGACCGGCUGAAGGAAGCCACAAAGAUUAAUCUGUCACUUUCAGCUUUGGGAAAUGUUAUAUCUGCUUUGGUUGACGGAAAGUCAACCCACAUUCCAUAUCGGGAUUCCAAGUUAACCAGACUGCUUCAGGUAAGUAUAUUGUGAUUUCUGUCAAGGGAAAGUAUUUAUCCUCUGAGCAGAGUUCUUUUGAUCUUAGACGAUAUUGGAAAGCUCUAGACUUUGAUGAGUGUGCUCUACACUUUAAAAAGUUUUAGGGAAUGUGAAAGGCAACUUUUCCUUUGCAACCCCAGUAGCACACAUGUGCCUCAUUAUGUUUUUUUUCUGAAGUAUAAAGUGAGAAUAUUGCCAAUUCUACUUGAUGAGUGGCAUCAUUUGCAUUUGGAAAUAAUCACCAGGUGGCUGGUAUCUAAUUAUUCAUGCUCCCAAGUGGAGGGAAGCACUUGGAGAAUCAAGUGUCAUGCACAUGGAUGUAUCAAUAUAACUCUAAAUAGGGCUUACCCCUUUGCCUCCCAGAAGUGAUUAACAUGUAAAUUCUCCCUGUAAAAUCAAUACAUUAUCCACCACACAGGUAAUGAGAAUACUCAAAUUUAUCAAGUACAAGUUGUUGUUUUUCUCCAACACCAAAUUCUUGUAAUUGAUUUACAAGGAAAUGUGAAGCAGCUAGAGGGGAGAAUUAACAAUCAGAUCUUGGGAGUUAAAGGGUUAACUGGGGAUCUGUUGAUAUGGAGUCCACUUAGUGACUGUGUCUCCUGCAAAAUUCAUGUUAGUUAUUUAAAAUCCCUUUGUGCAAGGUCAUUUCAUCAAUGGUCAAACCUAAUGGAAUCAUUGAUAGAGAAAAAUGUUUUGACCUUUUUAGGAUUCCUUGGGUGGAAACACCAAGACAUUGAUGGUUGCCUGUCUAAGUCCUGCAGACAACAACUACGAUGAAACUCUGAGUACCUUGCGCUAUGCAAAUCGUGCAAAGAAUAUUAAGAAUAAACCUAAGAUCAAUGAAGAUCCAAAAGAUGCACUUCUAAGGGAAUACCAAGAGGAAAUCCAGAAACUUAAAGCAAUGUUGAUGGGGCAGAUGGAAAUUCCAACUGAUUUUGCAACUGGUAAGGACAAUUUAAAGUUGACUUUGAACGUUGCCAUAACAGUUUAUAUCUAAUGUAAGUAUAUAACCUCUUGUGUAUGAACUUUAGCAGGAGGCCAGCCCUCUGUUCCCGCCCGUCGUAUAGCUGCACCACCACAGGAUCACACUGCCGUUGUGGCCAGGGAAACUGAAAAUCUCAGGAAAGAGUAUGAGGCAAAGCUGGCUGAGAUGAAGUCAUCUUAUGAAGCAGAACUUAUGUCCAAACAGAAGCUUCAAGAAGAAAUGGAACAACUACAAAAUGAUUUCAACAACAAGGUACACAAUGUUGAGGAACAAUACAGUGGCAAGACUGCUUUGACAUCAGUCACCCCAGGAGGGAUGGGGACAGGUGGCCAACAGGAAGAGGGUGCUAUUGGUAUGAUUCCCUCGGCAAAUGAGAUGGUGGGUAUUUAUAGUUACUUAUGAGGGCUACCAAACAGUGGGGCAGCUGUAGUUUGGUUUACUGUUGACAGAAAUGUAAUGUCCUGAUUAAUUGUGGUCACCAUGCUUGUUCAAGAGCUAAUGACCAUCACACUUCAUCACCUGGUCCAUUGACUGAAAAAUAAUACCAUGUUCUUGGAUGCAUGCACGUUUAUCUGCCUGAUAAUGUGAUUUUAAUGCACUGUACAGGGUGUGCAAUGUUAUACUGGUUGGUGGGACAAAUGUUACCCUUUAUUCCUGCAAGAGGUUUUAGCCAGAUAGUUACCUAAAUUCUCAGCCCAGUCUGUUUUCCCUUUGCUUGCAUUCCAUCCACAUAAGUGUUUUUGUUUGUUGUUGUGUCUUUCUGUUUGUCUACUGUUUUUUUCUUUGUUUCACUCUGUCUGUAUUUCUUUCCUAUAUUGGUCUGUCUGUCAAUCAUUUGUGUGUGUUCAUCCUAUUUCUGUCUAUCUUGCAUGUCUACCCACUGUGUCUGUUUAUCUGUUUGUUGAUUCUCAGUCUGUCUUUCUGUCUGUCUGUCGGUGUAUUCUCUCUCUGCUUGCUCUAUUUCUGAAGUUGUUGUGAUCUCUGUUGAUUGUUGAACCUAAAAAAACACUCAUAUCCUCAAAGAAGGCAUUCCUCUUCCACAUUUUGUUUUUCUGUCUGCAUGUGUCUGUCUAUUCUCUGUCAGUCUGUGAGUCUCUCUGUUCACUGUGUGUCUGAUUUUCUCUGCUAGUUUGCCUGUCUAAUCUUUGUCCAUCUGUCUGUCUGUCCGUCUGUCUGUCUAUUCUCAGUCUGUCAAUCCUGUCUUUCAGUCUUUCUUGUGUCUUUUUACUGUGAGUCCUUCCAACUGUCAUGUCAGUGUGUCUAUCCAGCACCAACGCAUGUUUUACGAUGACAGACGAACACGACAUUUUAAUUAACGCUUUAUUUCCAUUGAUUCCUGCCAGGAUCAGCGUCCAAACACAGAAUUGGAUGUGAUAACAGGACCUUUACAGGGCAUGCAGGACUCUAGCCACCAUCAGAGUGCGUUUCAGGCAGUUCAAGACAAGGCUAUCAAAAGCGUCCAGGAGGUAAAGAACCUAAUACCCGGACUGGAAGACUUACGCUUUUUAAGUCAAGGCCUUCCAAACGAUGUAUUGGUCAAAAGAUUGCAAGAACUUCAAGAAAAAUUUGUGGGUGGCGAGAGAAAAAAUGACCAGAAGUUAAAGGAGAAAAGAAAGGUUAGGAAAAACUAUGCUCUGUCACAAAGAGAAAAACUUGCCAAGGCAGUCAAGAAGAUGGAGGAUGAUGGCAUAAUGGUGAAGGUUUACGAUAAUUUACAGGAUGAAAUAAAAGCCAAGAACAAUGUCAUCAAUGAGAUGGAAGGAAAUUAA